AAUGAGCGCGCGCCGCGUCCGGGGCCGGCUGGUGCGCGAGACGCCGCGGAGAGAUUGGUGGCUAAUGUAACAGUUUGCAAACCGAGGGGAGUUGUGAAGGGCGCGGGCUUGGGGGCGCCCUGCCGGCCUCGUGGGUACGUCCGCCGCCGCGUUUGUCCCAGAGCUGGGGCCGCAGGAGCGCAGGCAAGCGAGGCACAAUGGCAGCCACCGUCAGGAGGCAGAGGCCGAGGAGGCUAGCCUGUUGGCUCUUGAUGGCUGUGCUCUUGGCAGAUCUGUUGGCACUGAGUGACACGCUGGCAGUGAUGUCUGUGGACCUGGGCAGCGAGUCCAUGAAGGUGGCCAUUGUCAAACCCGGAGUGCCCAUGGAAAUUGUCUUGAACAAGGAAUCCCGGAGGAAAACCCCAGUGACUGUGACCCUGAAAGAAAACGAAAGAUUCUUUGGAGACAGUGCAGCAAGCAUGGCCAUCAAGAAUCCAAAGGCGACACUGCGUUACUUCCAGCACCUCUUGGGGAAGCAGGAGGGAAACCCCCAUGUGGCCCUUUACAGAGCCCGUUUUCCAGAGCAUGAGCUAGGCUUCGACCCACAGAGGCAGACUGUGCACUUCCAGAUCAGUCCGCAGCUACAGUUCUCACCUGAGGAGGUACUCGGCAUGGUUCUCAAUUACUCACGUUCCCUGGCUGAAGAUUUUGCAGAACAGCCCAUCAAGGAUGCAGUGAUCACCGUGCCAGCCUUCUUCAAUCAGGCCGAGCGCCGAGCUGUGCUGCAGGCGGCUCGCAUGGCUGGCCUCAAAGUGCUACAGCUCAUCAAUGACAACACCGCCACCGCCCUCAGCUACGGCGUCUUCCGCCGGAAAGAUAUCAACACCACUGCCCAGAAUGUCAUGUUCUAUGACAUGGGCUCUGGCAGCACCGUGUGCACCAUUGUCACCUACCAGACGGUGAAGACUAAGGAGGCGGGGAUGCAGCCACAGCUGCAGAUCCGGGGAGUGGGAUUUGACCGCACCCUGGGGGGCUUGGAGAUGGAACUCCGGCUGCGUGAGCACCUGGCAAGGCUUUUCAACAAACAGCGGAAGGGCCAGGGAGCUAAGGAUGUGCGGGAGAACCCCCGUGCCAUGGCCAAGCUGCUACGGGAGGCGAAUCGACUCAAAACCGUCCUGAGUGCCAACGCUGAUCACAUGGCACAGAUCGAGGGCCUGAUGGAUGAUGUGGACUUCAAGGCAAAAGUGACCCGUGCGGAGUUUGAAGAGUUGUGUGCAGAUUUAUUUGAGCGGGUGCCCGGGCCUGUGCAGCAGGCCCUCCAGAGUGCCGAAAUGAAUUUGGAUGAGGUUGAGCAGGUGAUCCUGGUUGGUGGGGCCACUCGGGUCCCCAAAGUUCAGGAGGUGCUGUUGAAGGCUGUGGGCAAGGAGGAACUGGGGAAGAACAUCAACGCAGACGAAGCGGCUGCUAUGGGGGCUGUGUACCAGGCAGCCGCGCUCAGUAAAGCCUUCAAGGUGAAGCCGUUUGUAGUGCGAGAUGCGGUGAUCUACCCCAUCCUGGUGGAGUUCACGAGGGAGGUGGAGGAGGAGCCUGGGGUUCGCAGCCUGAAGCACAAUAAGCGUGUUCUCUUCUCCCGAAUGGGGCCCUACCCUCAACGCAAAGUCAUCACCUUUAACCGCUACAACCGUGACUUUAACUUCCACAUCAACUAUGGUGACCUGGGCUUCCUGGGGCCCGAGGAUCUUCGGGUAUUUGGCUCCCAGAAUUUGACCACAGUGAAGCUAAAAGGUGUGGGUGAGAGCUUCAAGAAGUAUCCCGACUACGAGUCUAAGGGCAUCAAGGCUCACUUCAACCUGGAUGAGAGUGGCGUGCUCAGCCUCAUCAGGGUGGAGUCUGUGUUUGAGACAUUGGUGGAGGACAGCCCAGAGGAGGAAUCUACCUUGACCAAACUUGGCAACACCAUCUCCAGCCUGUUUGGAGGUGGUACCACACCAGACACUAAAGAGAAUGGUACAGACGCUGUCCAGGAGGAAGAGGAGAGCCCUGCUGAGGGGAGCAAGGAUGAGCCUGGAGAGCAAGCGGAGCUCAAGGAGGAGGCGGAGGCCCCAGCGGAGGACACCUCGCCGCCCCCACCCACGGAGCCGAAGGAGGCUGCGGUUCCUGAGGAAGAAAAGGCCACAGAAAAAGAAAACGAGGAAAAGCCUGAGGCCCAGAAGCCAAGUGAGAAAAAGGAGGCAGGGUCUGAGGCUGCUCCUCCAGCCCCAGAGGAAGAAAAGAAGCAGAAGCCUGCCCGGAAGCAAAGAAUGGUAGAGGAGAUUGGGGUGGAGCUGGUGGUUCUGGACCUGCCUGACUUGCCCGAGGAUGAGCUGGCCCACUCAGUGCAAAAACUUCAAGACUUGACGUCCCGAGACUUAGAGAAGCAGGAACGGGAAAAGGCUGCCAACAGCUUGGAAGCUUUUAUCUUUGAGACCCAGGACAAACUGUACCAACCCGAGUACCAGGAAGUGUCCACAGAGGAGCAGCGUGAAGAGAUCUCUGGGAAACUCGGCGCUGCCUCCGCCUGGCUGGAGGACGAGGGCUUUGGGGCCACCACAGUGAUGCUGAAGGAGAAGCUGACUGAGCUGAGGAAGCUAUGCCACGGGUUGUUUUUUCGGGUAGAAGAGCGCAAGAAGUGGCCCGAACGGCUGGCUGCCCUUGAUAAUCUCCUCAACCAUUCCAGCAUGUUCCUCAAGGGCGCCCGGCUCAUCCCAGAGAUGGAGCAGAUCUUCACUGAGGUGGAGAUGACAACGCUGGAGAAAGUCAUCAACGAAACCUGGGCCUGGAAGAAUGCGACCAUGGCCGAGCAGGCCAAGCUUCCCGCCACAGAGAAACCCGUGUUGCUCUCAAAAGACAUCGAGGCCAAGAUGAUGGCCCUGGACCGUGAGGUGCAGUAUCUGCUCAACAAGGCCAAGUUUACCAAGCCCCGGCCCCGACCCAAGGACAAGAAUGCAACCCGGGCAGAGCCUCCCCUCAAUGCCAGUGCCAGUGACCAAGCAGAGAAGGUCAUCCUUCCACCAGGCCAGACUGAAGAUGCAAAGCCCAUUUCAGAACCUGAGAAAGAGACUGAGGCUAACCUCUUCCUCCCAAAAGCAGGAUCUGAACAGGCAGACACCGAACCUCUGGAGUUAGAAGGUCCUGGAGCAGCAGAACCGGAACAGAAGGAGCAGCCGACAGGACAGAAGCGGACUUUGAAGAAUGAUGAAUUAUAACCAACCCCCCAGCUCCCCCUUUCACCCCUCCCCCUUCUCCUACCUCCUCUAUUUAUUAAACAUCGAGGGUCGGGGGAGGGGUUGCUCCUGCCUUCAGAGGCUUCGGUUCCUUUUCUCUCACCUUGAUUGGAGGUGUGGAGAAGGGGGAGGAAGGGACAGCUCACCAGUUCCUUCGGCAGUGGUUCUGUGGUAAAAACUGAAAUUGUUUUAUUUCCCAGUCCCACCCCUGGUUCCUUACCCAUCCAGGC